AUGUCAACUGAAACCAACACUACUACUGCCACCCCAGUCGCACCAGUCGCCUCACCAUCCAAGGUCUUUAUCGGCAACCUCGCCUUUGAAUUGACCGAAGAGGACUUGACCAACGAAUUCUCUGCCUACGGCAAGGUUGUCUUGGCCCGUAUCAUCACCAAGCGUAACAACUCGCUCGGCUAUGGUUUUGUCGAGAUGGAGGAUGAAGAGUCUGCCAAGAAGGCCAUCGAAGGUCUCCACAAGAAGGAGAUCAAGGGCCGUGCCAUCAACGUCGAGUUGACCAAGGAACGUCAACCACGUCCACCCCGUCAACCCCGUGUUGCCACCUCCCCAUCCACUAGUGACUCGACUGCUGCCCCACGUGCACCAAAGAGAGCUGCUGCCAAGAGAAACGGUGGUGAAAAGAAGGAAGGUUCAAAUGGUGAAGAGUCCAAGCCAGUCGUCUCUGGUGACGCCGAAAACAACACCACCGGAGCCCGUCGUCGUAACACUCGUCGUCCAAAGACCGGUGCCAAGCCAUCCGACUCCCCAGCCUCCCCAUCCGCCACCGCCACCACCUCCACCUCUUCCACCGGUGUUCCAGCCGAACGUAAGGCCAAGGCUCCACGUGAACGUAAGCCACGUGAACCAAAGGAGAAGAAGGUCGUCGAAAAGGACACCACCCCACGUGAAGAGUCCAAGGACACCGUCUUUGUCUACAACCUCCCAUUCUCAUACAAUGACGAGCAACUCCUUGCCCUCUUCAAGGACUACACUCCAAAGAGUGCCCACGUCAUCAUCAACCCACGUUUCAAAAAGUCCAAGGGUUUCGGUUUCGUCGUCUUUGACAACGCCGAACAACAACAAAAGGCUCUCGCCGUCGACAAGACCAAGGUUGAAGAACGUGAACUCAACGUCCGUAUUGCCCUCGUUGACAACAAGGUUCCAGCUGCCACCUCCCCAGUUGCCACCACUGAAACCCCAGCCAACUAA